UAGUGAACAGAUCCGAUAAGGCCAGAUUAGCAGUGGGCUGAGGAGGCAAUCCCUCCAUCGACUUAAACCUACCUCCCUACAACAUCAAACUUCCCUUUGAAGGCUUUCUGUCUUUUUUUUUAUCCCCCUCUUGCUAUUCCAUCUUGUGAGGUAUUCUUUAGCGCAUACAUUUUCAUACUUUGUCCUUAUUACUGCGAAAACCAAAAGGUCUAACUAUAUCUAUUUAUCCUUGAUUCCCUACCCUGUACCGGACUUGUCGCAAUUCAGUAUGGAUCAAAUGAUUCCUGGUGAUGGGGGCCGAAACCCACUGGAGGCCUGGUUCUGGGAGAUGCCAAUUUGCACAAGGUGGUGGACAACGGCAACAGUUCUGACGAGCGCCCUGGUGCAAUGCCAAAUGGUAACUCCGUUUCAACUGUUCUAUAGCGUCCGCACCGUAUUCCAGAAGGGAGAGUAUUGGCGGCUAUUCACUACAUUCCUAUACUUUGGACCGUUCUCGUUCGAUCUCCUAUUUCACGUAUACUUCCUCCAACGCUACUCCCGGCUCCUCGAAGAGUCGUCUGGCAGAUCGCCAGCUCAUUUCUCCUGGCUGAUGGUGUACACCAUGGCUUUCCUUAUUGUCCUCUCUCCAUUCGUAUCGAUGCCAUUUCUAGGCCACCCUCUGUCAUCCACGCUAGUUUACAUCUGGUCACGACGAAACCCAGACACUCAGUUAAACUUUCUAGGCUUGCUUGUGUUCACUGCGCCGUACCUUCCUUGGGUAUUAAUGGGGUUCAGUCUUGUUAUGCACGGAACAGUACCCAAGGACGAGAUCAUGGGUGUUGUUAUCGGCCACAUCUGGUAUUUCUUCUCAGACGUAUACCCUCCGAUGCACAACGGCUCGCGACCUCUAGACCCGCCGAUGUGGUGGCGUCGACUCUUUGAAGGCCGACAGCAGAGGGACGAGACAGCCGAUGCGAUUAAUAACGAAUUCGCAGUGGCAGGAGGUCCAGAACUUGCGGCCGCAGAUUUGCGAUAAAGCAUGAACGCAAUUUGAUUCCAAUAGCACAUUAGGUGGCUAUCAUCCACUCAUUUAUGGCGUUUCAGGUCAAAUUCCAAUGGCAUUGCGGUUGCAGCGGCGUUAUACAAGGAACAAUACGGUGGCGUUGAAGGGUGAUGAAGGAUAAACAUAUAAAUAACAAUGGAGGUGAUGAUUCUUCUGUACAUACAUAUUAUCCUUCCUACCGACUCAUCGAAAGACACUCUAUCUAUACGUGGACUUACUUGUUAACUUACCUAAAAUAGUGUUUUAUAAGGACUUUGAGUUAGACCUAGCGAAGUAAUAUGAAUAUCUCGUCAACCUUUUAAUAUUCACAUCAUGUACUAUGUGUCUUCUUUAUCAUGCAAGCUUAAGGUUUCUAUAUCCGUUCAAGCCUACCUUAGGUUGGGUUAGGUACCUCAGGUAGAUUUAGAAUCCAACUGCAUUUCGGGA